UCCACGAGCGCACACGGCAUAGAGGAGAGUACGGCGCGCGAGUCUCUGGAAGGGAGAUAACGGUUUCUUUUUUUGCCCCCCUCUCUACUCAAACAACAAGAACAAACCAAACCUGAUUUUUUUUAGGUUUUUUUUUUUUACAGAGUCUUCUGAUCAUAAGGAGGGAGGGAAAGCGAGGGAUUGGAGCCGCAAGUUUUUUUUUCUUUUUUCCGUUUUUUUCUCUUCUCUCCCUUUUCCCCUAAAAGAGGAUUCUGUGUUUCCGUGCGGUGGUUUGUUUCUCUCCCCUCUCGCCGCAAAGAUGAUGGUCGGAGAGGUCGAAGUGAAGGAGCGACCGAGGCCGAGUCCCGACUAUUUGAUGCAAUUGUUAAACGAGAAGAAGCUCAUGACCAGUUUGCCAAAUCUCUGCGGCAUCUUCACACACCUUGAGAGGCUUCUCGAUGAAGAGAUCAACAGAGUGCGUAAAGACAUGUACAGCGACACAGUGAAUGGCCUUGUGGAGAGACACCCACUGGAGCUGCCUGACGCUAUGGGACCCAUCGUCCACCUGCAGGAAAAACUGUUUGUGCCUGUCAAAGAGUACCCCGAUUAUAACUUUGUGGGGAGAAUCCUUGGCCCUCGGGGACUCACAGCCAAACAGUUGGAAGCAGAGACGGGAUGCAAAAUCAUGGUGCGAGGCAAGAGCUCCAUGAGAGACAAAAAGAAGGAGGAGCAGAACAGAGGGAAGCCAAACUGGGAACACCUAAACGAAGACCUUCAUGUCCUGAUCACAGUGGAAGACACACAGGCCAGAGCUGAAAUCAAGAUGAGGAGAGCAGUAGAGGAGGUCAAGAAGCUCCUCGUACCUGCUGCGGAGGGAGAAGACAAUUUGAAGAAAAUGCAGCUUAUGGAGUUGGCGAUUCUCAAUGGGACAUACAGAGACAACAACAUCAAAACACCCACCCUUGCGUUUUCUCUUGCAGCAGCGGCAGCCGCCGCUCAAGGCCCUCGUCUCAUAUCAGCCCAAACAGGUCAGGUGUUGCCUCCCCAGGCACUCCGACCCCCAACACCAGCUGGGACUCCCAUCAUGAACCUCAUCCGGCCCACUCAGAUGGCUGCCAUGCUGCCCAAUGGCACCCCCACCCUGGUGCCUCCCACACCGGAUGGCGGGCUUAUCUACACCACCCCUUACGACUACCCUUACGCCCUGGCACCCACCUCCCUGCUGGAGUACCCCAUCGAGCACAGUGGGGUUCUAGGUAAGAGAGCCUGGGGAAGCAUGGGAGCAGGUACAGCGGCCAACUUUAGCCAGCAUGGACAUGAGGCCAGCUUGUUUUACCCCGGAGCUGGGGUGCUGGACGCGGCUUCCCUGAGCCACAGUCAGGACUUGUUGAAAGGUGCAAUGGCUACUAAAGUGAGACGGCAUGACACGCGGGUCCAUCCUUACCAAAGGAUUGUGACCGCUGACAGAGCCGCCACCGGCAACUAACACAUGACCUUCUGACCUCUGAACUCUUCACCCAAUGACGAGCCGCCCCAAGCCUGCCUGCUGAUCAGUUAACUGGUAAUUGCCUUUUGCUAGCCUCUCGGACGCAAGUGAGAGAGAGAGAGAGGCGCCUGCCCGUACAGUUACCCUAACACGUUCUGACAAAAAAUAGAAACCAACGCAGAAUCUUCACAGAAACACAACAAAACCCAACAAAGUUGUGUAAUAUUCAUUUUUUCCCUCUGUUCAUUGAGUUUAAUUCCCGUUCUUUCUCUUUCUUUUUCUUCAUGAAUCAUAUACUAGGUGGAUGUUUGUGGUAUUACUCAUAAAUCUGCACUGAAUUAUAUAGCAAUAAAGACCCCACCCUCCCCACCCACCCUCCUUUUAACCGCUCUGAUUUGGUGACCUCACAUGUAUCAAUCAAACUAAGGUCAAUGUCUAUUUGACGCAAACCAUUUGGUUUCAGAGUAAUUACAUAAUCCCGUUCAAAUGUGCUCCACCCUCCUCCCCAUCCAAAAGAAAUGCUUAAAGCCCCCAAACUGCUCCCACCCUGUUCCAACACCCACCUAUUGGGAGAGAAAAAGAAAUAGAAGGAAAGAGAACAUACACUCACAUUAACUUGUUUAAUUUCUCUAAUUUUUCACAUGUAGUGCAGUUGUUGAGCUCUAAGAUGUAAUUAUGAGCUGACACAUUCUGGGUGUGCCCCUCAAACAGCUUUCUGUCUGUUUUAAAAAAAAAAGCAUGGCUGAAAUCAUUGCAAAAGAAGCUUUUUAUGAUUUAAGUGUUGUUUUUUCUUCUGUCUUGUUUUUUGUUGGGUUUUUUUGCUUUACUUUUGAGUCAUUUUCUCCACUUGAUUUUGUAGCUUCUCUGUUCAUAUUUAACUAAUUAGCUUUGCUUAAAUUGACUAGCCAAAAUGAGGCAGGUGUUUAUCUCUGGAUAAAACGAAACGCAAUCUUAUUUUUGACGCAGGCUGCUGAAACUAAGACAUGAUGAAGGGCAAGAUGGGAAGGUCACAAUUUGGGAUGAUGGGUUUGUGUGUGUGUGUGUUGUUGUUUUUGUUUUUUUGUUUUGUUUUUUUUAAUUAAUACUACAAUGAAAGUAGGGUGUGCUGAGGCUUUGGGGACAUUGGAGCAGUGCUUAUAAGCUACUGACCAUUGCUACGCCCCCAUCCACACUACAUCCAUUAUUCAGUGCCUGAUGUAUUUAGAAAAAAUAUCUCAAUAAGUUAGCUGAGCUGUGAUCGAAAAGACAAAAAAAAAGUAUCAAGUGUGCAUAUUUAGCCAAAGGGUUUUCCAAUGAAAUAUAUAUCUGCAAUUAUGCAUCUGUCUCACAGAGGGCUCUCUUUGUGAUUUUUAGAGUUUGGAAGGGUGUGAAUUUGUGGUGCCUGCCUUCAGCUGGAACAGACAGCUCAGUCAGAUUAGAUGAUUUUUGACUCAUUAAUGCUAGUUUUUUUGUUGUUGGUUUUUUUGUUUUUGUUUUUUGUUUUCCUUUGAGGAGAUGAACGCAGGCAAUUAACACUAAAACAACCGACUCAAUUACAGUACAUUGCUAGGGGGAAGGGCACUUUUGAAGUUCUGUACAUAAAUGCGUUUAGAUACAUACCUGGAAUCUAUAUUUAGUUGUUUCAUCAGCCACAUUGCCAAAAGAGUGUUUAUUUUGUUUCAUUCUUCAUUUUUUCUGCAUCUCAACAUUUGGCCAAUAUCUGUUUCAUGUGUUUUUUUUUCAUUUUCAACCCUCGUUUAAAAUGUUACAUCAUUUGGGGAUGUCAGGUGGGCAUAAUCUGAGCCUUCUUACAAAUUAGUCUAAUUAUUUUUGAAUUUUAAUUAUUUUAGCGAUGCAACAUUCAUUUUUUAAAACACUUGACAAACCACCCAAAAGCGCAUCCACAAUGUGUCACACCUCCCUGUGAUGGUAGUCUAGCUCCUGAGCCCACACUCUUUUGUUUAACUCUCAAGAAAAAAAUAGGAUGUGAAAGCCAUGCCUGCCUGUUCAAAUUGCUUUAUACAUACGUCUUAUAUAUAUAUAUAUAAAUAUAUAUAAAUAUAAAUAUAUAAAAAUGUAGAUAUCUGUCAUUGCAUAUACAAAUACAGAAGAGAACAAAAAAUAGAUAAUUUUACAGGGUGCUGGAGAAGAGAAAAAAAUGAAAAAUCUAUUUUUGGCAAUUUUAGCUUUUGAUACUUUACUUGCAGAUACAAAAUCUGAAGAAAAACAAUUAAAAAAAAAAAAAAAAAGUUUAAAACCGUAUAGGGGAAAACAGAAAAACCGAGUGGGUGAGGAAAAGUGCUGUUACCCUGGAUAUGAUUAGAACGGAAGACGAAGACCAAAACAGUCAUAAACCCUUUUGAACGUUAGCGAGGACAAGAGCGAGACAGACGCCCAGAGAGUAUAAAAGGAUCAAAUCAAGUGCCUUAUCAACAGUGGUUUCUGUUUUCUGAGUAUUCCAGUUGUGUUCAGUAAUAUCCAGCACCCACCAAGAUGGCGCAGAGAGGAAUGGCUAGUGUUACACGCUCUGAAUAGUUGAGCAGGGUAGCUGCCACAACAUAGUGGCGUUACCGAAGUUACUCUAUGCAAAAAGAAUAGCAGUCGUUUUUGACCAGCUAAAUAUGUGCCAUGGUUUUGUCUUCCUGAAAUGAUUUUAUUUUUUUCUUUUACUUGAUGGCCCUUUACUCUGCUGUAUGAGCAGGUUUCGUUCUCUUUUUAUUUAGAUUUUAAUGAUCAUAUGGAAAUAUUGUCUUUUGAAUUAUUUUGGUAACUGUGACUAACUUCCUAGAACAAAUUGAACUGCCAAUAGCAAUGCAGUAGUCUGCCUAGACAUGUUUUGAUCAUGAGCUGAGAAAAAUACAUAAUAUUCAAGGGGAUAGAUAUGAAGGUGGGGUCAGUCCCACUGGCAUUACGCCUGCUUGUUUCAACAGCUGCAAACUGAAAGCAUCCAGUCCAUGUCAAUAUCUCUCAAUGUCAAUUUGACAAUGAAGCAAACUAUCGAUACAAUCAGGAGAUUUACAGUGGACGUGUGAAGCGCUGGAUAAUGAAACGAGCAAUUUUAUUUCACAGCCAAAUCGUUUUCAGUUAUUGAAACAACAGACAGUUUAUCGCUCGUUAUAUUGAACUGAGGAAUUAAUAGAUCCUGAUAUUACCCUUGGCAGUUUGUUUUUUCUAUUUAUAGCUCUUUCAUCAUGCUGUUACACCGAAAGGUCAAAUGAAUUAUUCUUUUUCAGUGUUAUUAUUUUAAAUUGAAAUGCAAUAUUAAAAGUGGAGCAAGUGAUGGGUAUUCAGCAUUUGACAGUAUUAAGAAAAUUCCCUCUGCAAUGUUACAACUUGCUGUGUCAUUGUGAAAGGCUGGAUAAAGUCCAUCAGGUGAAAGGUUAACUCUAUACCUACCGUAUUCUCUCUGGCCUGCCUACUACAUGUAUGAUAAUGUAAUUAACAGCCAUUGUUACAGGUUUAUAAUGUAUUUUUCUAAUCUCAUUUUAUAUGUAUAUUAAUCAUGUUUCUGAGUGCUUUUUUUUUUUUUUUUUAAUGAAACCCACUGCAACUUUUUUUCUCCCCUUUAAACAGCCCUCUCUUCCUCCCCUCCUUCUCUUUUACAUCUUGAAAACUGUCUCUUGUGGGGAGUGUUGCCUUUUCCCUGUUAUAUUUUGUUUUGUUUUCUUGCCAAUUCCCAGCUUGUUUAACUCAUUAGCUACUUUAUUAGUUUUCUUGUCAUAAGUAUUUUUACAUGCUUGCAUUUAGUUUUCAUGGUGUAUGCUGUUAUUUUUCUUAUUAACCUCUUGGCAUUUAUUUUAAUAAAACAUUCUUAGUAAGAAUUUUACUAACUUGCUGAUAUUUUGUCUUGUGUUUUUAACCAGUUUCAUGAAUGUAUUACCUUGGUCUGGUUCACGGACUAACACAAUUAAAACUGGUGUCUGGCCACCACCUACACUGACUGAUUGACACAUACACACACACACAAAUUACAUAAACACACAGACACUGCUCUACAUACAGUCACUCAACACACACACAACCUAACUGGAAACUGCACGAGUUGAUAAGCGUCCCUCACUCCCGCUCACGCAUUCUCACCUUUUGUGCUGGAGAAAUCUGCUGACACUCUUCAUACUUGCCCUCCCCGCUCAGUUCCAACACCGCUGCUGUGUCUCGUCGUCUCUGCUUAGAGACAACUCUCUUGUUAGUCGUCCUGUCCUUCUAUGUCACCGACCCUGCGACACGGCAGGGAGCGUCAGAGUGUUAAAGCUGCAUGUUACCUGAGGUCACUGAUUAACUUCUGGGUCAGUCGUUCUCUCUUUGAACAAAAGCACACUCCUGAUUUAAACUCUGAUUUUUACUGCACACAAAGGUUACAACUCUCAUAGAGCCUAAAAAAAGCCUAAUCCCUGAAGAUGAGACAUUUCCUACAGAUAUCCUAUUUCUCUAACCGUUUUGGGAUCUUUGCAAAAAAAAAAAAUGCUGCGUAUUAGUCAUCUCAAAAGGAUUAAUUUUAACUGUGAAUUACAUAGAGCAGAACAUCUCAUCAUCGCCACACAUUGUAGACUUAGUGAGUUAUUUACAAUAAUGGGGCACAUUUAUAGAAAACUGUUGAGACGGUCUAAAGCUGUCCCCACUCUUUUAUUUGUUCCUUUUUUUUCUUUUUUCUUUUUUUUUUGCCAUUGCUUCCAUGGCUUGUUAUGCCUGGAUAGCAGCAUUACAGUUAUCACCAGCUGUUGUCUGUUUGGUGAACACCAUUCAGCUUAUUGAUAUAACAGCUAAUACUGGGCCAUUUGGGAGCAUCCAUAAUGCUUAGACACACACCAGUACACCAUGCCAAUAUGAAGUACUUUGGGAUCAACCUUACUAUUCCUUCCAGUGUAAAAUGCUGAUAUGGCUUUCAGCUAGCUAGUAUUUAUUGUUAUUUGGGGGGGAAGGGGUGGGGGAGGGUGGGGUUUGUCUAAAACACUGCCAGUGUGUGUUGUUCAUUCUACUGCUGCGUCAGUGCUCUCGUCCCUGGGUUCACUCAGCUCUCUUCUCUCUAUUCAGCUUUCUUCCUCCUUCACUAAUUCAAGGUAUUGACACUGACACACAAGCAAAAGAUUAACUUCAUUAAUCCUGAUUGUUACUUUAACCCACUGAGUGAUGCCUACAGAUUUAUUUAUUUUUUUUAAAUCUGCGCAACAAAAACGUCUUGGCCUUAACUGUUCCAAUUCUCUUAAUGUCUCAGCAAGCAAAGAACAAGGAUUAAAAGUGUCUAACAUGAAAUUUAACACUUGUCUCUUCUCUGAAAUUAACUGAAAUAUUAAUAACACUACCUUGUACACCAGCAAGUAGAGACAGAGAUUGGAUUACCAGCAGCCACCCCAAAUUGUUUGUCCUCCUUUUUAAGUAACUACGCUUUUUACAUUAAGCGAUGUCGGCCGUAAGCUUUUUUUAUUUAUUAAUGUAGGAUUGGCUCCUCUGUACCCUAAUGAACAACUUGAGCUGAAAUCCGUCCAUUAGCAGCAGAUCUGUGUUAUGCUGUCACAAAUUUUGCCUUUUUAUGUCUCAGAGGUUUUCAGUGGCUCGCCUCAAAACACCGAGCCGAUUAAAAAAGACGAUAAGUGGCAAGUUAUCUUCCAGAGCACAAUAUAUUACAAACACUGCCUAAAGUAUUGCAUUUGUGAGUUUAAAAAGUGCCUUUUUUUCCCUGAGAUUGGAAAAUAUUAUAUUUUUGUACUUUAUCAUUCAAGUGCCAAUUUGUCAUUCUGUCUCCCUUUAUCUCGCCAAAAGCUUUUUUGUUGAGCACAAAAAAAAAAACACGACUAAAUGCCCACGCCUUUUUUUUCUUUUUUCUUUUUGAAUCACUUUGAAACAUAAAAUGGGAACGUUUGACCAAAAAUGAGGAAUUUGGUCACAGGUAUUUCCCUCCAUUAAACUUUGGCUUAAUGGGUCCUGUUUUCGAUUUGAUCCACUGAGAACUUUUUUUCUUUCUCUCUCUCUCUGAUUGGACCACAGUAUGCUGUAAACAGCUGUUUGCAUACUGCUGCCAUCUCUGGCUAAGUUCUCAGUGCCUUUCCAAAUCUGUUGCAGGGCAUUCAGUGUAUUUAUCUACUAACUGCCUUUUCACCUGUCAAUCUUUUAUUUUUCUUCUGUUCUGUUUAACAAACAUUCCUCCAAUGAGUUAAACGGCAGCUUAACCAAUCAGUAUUGGUCUCAGUGAUGUAGCACUCAGGUGGUUAAAGGGCAAAUGCUACAAAAAUAACAGAAUUAAAUAUUUUUAGCCCCACUGGAUUUUUUUUGUGUUUUUUUGUCUUCUUUAUUUUUGACUGUGAUAAACGUGCAUUAAAAAAAGUAUAAUACAUUUUUUACUAAAAUUAUACUAUUAUGAUAUAUACUGUAAGUUCCUCAUCCAUAGUGGUGCACUAAAAUCUGUGAGAUUUUUUUCUUUUUUUGUGGAGUUGUAAGUUUUUAUGUGAAGUGGCCUUUAUUUUUUUGUUUUGUGUUACCUUGUUUUUAUAGAGGGUUAGACUAAGAAUUUUGAAUAGGGUAUCAAACAUGUAAUGCCAGUUUUUGUUGCUCACACCAAAAAAAAAAAAGGAAAAGAGAUGUCAUGUGUGCAAUAAAGAACCAUAUUUACAAGCUUC